AUGUCGGGGACGGAUGACCGCGUUGCGGACGAGACGUCUCCCCUAGUGGGACCUAACCGUACGGACGAUGAUGAUGUUGUGGACUCAAUAACAGUCAGUCAAAGGCAUCAUGGAGUUUCCCGGGGUGAUCACUCGGGGAAUUUCGCGGAAACGAAGAGUAGCUGGUAUCUGUUCUUGUUGACGCUGUGUAUUGUUGGUUUGCAGGUUGUGUGGUCGGUGGAGCUAUCGAAUGGAUCGCCUUACCUUCUGUCCCUUGGAAUGAGCAAGGCUCUGCUUGCCUUUGUCUGGAUCGCGGGACCCCUGACCGGCACACUUGUGCAACCGUACAUCGGUAUUCGGAGCGAUAACUGUCGGAUAUCAUGGGGUAAAAGAAAGCCUUUCAUGAUCGUCGGUGCCGCGGCGACCAUUGUGGCCCUCCUAGCGCUUGCCUGGGUGCAAGAGAUUGUGGGAGGUUUUCUCGGGAUUUUUGGUGUCGAUCCGGCCUCUGCUGGGACUCGGACGACAAUAAUCUCUCUAGCGACAGUUUUGAUGUACUGUCUGGAUUUCGCCAUCAACACCGUUCAGGCAGGUAUUCGAGCAUUCAUCGUCGAUAAUGCUCCCGCUCAUCAGCAGGAAUCGGCAAACGCUUGGGCUAGUCGGCUUACUGGCGUUGGCAAUAUCCUUGGAUACAUUUUUGGAUACCUUGAUCUGCCCAAAAUCUUCCCGUUUUUUGGAAAUACUCAGUUCAAGGUGCUCUGUGCAUUGUCCUCACUAGCGCUCGCUAUCACGCUGAGCAUCAGCUGUUCUUAUAUCCAUGAGCGAGACCCAAGGCUCGAAGGACCACCCUCCUCAGAUAGUCAAGGACUUGUUGGCUUUUUUCGGCAAGUGUUCAAGUCAAUCAAGUUUCUACCUCCGCAGAUCGCCAAGGUUUGCGAGGUUCAGCUUGCUGCCUGGGUUGGCUGGUUUCCGUUUCUAUUCUACGCAACGACAUACAUAGGGCAGCUCUAUGUCAAUCCCAUCUUCGAUCAGCAUCCGAACUUAUCCGAAGACGACAUUAAUAAGGCUUGGGAAGAAGCAACUCGAAUUGGAACGUUUGCACUUUUGAUUUACGCGAUAAUCUCGUUUAUUGCUAAUAUGAUCUUGCCGCUCUUUGUUGUCCCGACAUACAGGCCGAUCACGAGGCCGGAGCAGCCUUACCCGGAUACUCCAGAGGAGAACGAACCCUGUCUAUCCCGAAGGAUGUCAAUUUCAAGUCUACCCGUCGGUGUAGCCUCAGAACCCGCCUUAGAACCACCCAGCGGUAAGCCAACUGGAAGUGGGGAUGAAUCGACAUGGUUAUCGAAGCUGCAGAUACCUGGGCUGACGCUGCGCCGGGCAUGGCUUAUCUCUCACGUCCUGUUCGCGGUCUGCAUGUUCAGCACCUUCUUUAUCUCCUCUUAUCAGGCUGGAUCAGCGGUUAUUGGACUUGUGGGCAUUUCGUGGGCCUUGACUCUAUGGGCUCCCUUCGCCCUGAUCUCCGCAGAGGUGUCCCGCAUUGAUGCGGAGCGUCGGACUCGGCGGCAUCAGGCAGAGAUGGAAGUACCUCCUGAACCUUAUACCGCUACGAAUGUCGCUGGUGACCACGGUGAUGGUGCUGAUUACGACGAAGAUCUAGAGAACGGUGCUCGACCGCGACGCGCCAAGGUCAAGGACGAGGAGGAGAAUCUUGCACAAGCGGGCAUCAUUCUCGGACUCCAUAACGUGGCAGUGUCUGCGCCCCAGAUCUUUUCAAGCUUGAUUAGUAGCGCUAUUUUCAAGGCCUUCCAGAAGCCUAGGGGAGAGCCCUGGGAUGACAGUGUUGGAUGGGUGCUUAGAUUUGGAGGAUGUGCUGCUUUAGUUGCGGCCUGGCUGGCCAGUCGCCUUGGGGAUCGCACGGUGUAA